GGUUAGAUCGUUGCUGCUACAUCCGGGCGCUCCGUUCGCUUUACAAGCCCUGCGAAGAUGGCGACUUCAGGGAGGAGUGCACUAUUAUCCUCCAAUUCAGCUGGACCCAGGAGCACGCUGGAGAACUCCAACCCAGAAGAGGAUGAUGGGCAGAACUUAUGGUCCACAAUCCUGAGUGAAGUGUCAACCCAUUCAAGAUCAAAGCUACCGUCUGGGAAAAAUGUCCUGGUCAUGGGUGAGGUGGGCUCGGGGAAAACCACUUUGGUUGCAAAGCUACAAGGGGUUGAAGAGUACAUGAAAGGCCGUGGCCUGGAAUACCUCUACUUCAGUGUGCACGACGAUGACAUUGAUGACCACACUAGAUGUAAUGCUUGGGUGUUAGAUGGAGAUCUUUACCAUAAGGGUCUGCAGGGAGUAGCUGUACCGGUCGACUCUAUCGACAACACGUUGCUGCUGAUAACGGUUGACAUGUCGCGGCCUUGGAACGCCCUGGACUCUCUCCAGAAGUGGGCCGCCGUUGCUAGGGAACACAUCGACAAACUCCGAGUCCCCCCAGAAAAGCUGCGGGAGCUGGAGCACAGACUGGUAAAACAGUUCCAGGAGUACACAGAGCCGGGUAGUGGGGAGGAUGGAACACCGCAGAGGAGGAGCGAAGAAGAGGAGAGUGUGCUGCUGCCUUUAGGAGACAACACACUUACACACAACCUGGGAAUACCAGUAGUGGUGGUUUGCACAAAGUGUGAUGCUAUCAGCACAUUGGAAAAGGAGCACGACUACAGAGACGAACACCUGGACUUCAUCCAGUCCCACAUCAGACGUUUCUGUCUGCAGUACGGCGCCUCUCUGCUUUACACAUCAGUGAAGGAGAUGAAGAACCUGGACAUCCUGUACAAAUAUCUGGUCCACAGACUCUACGGCUUUCCAUUCCACUGCCCUGCACAAGUGGUGGAAAGAGAUGCUGUCUUCAUUGCAUCAGGCUGGGACAAUGAGAAAAAAAUUGCCAUACUUCACGAGAACUUCCAGACAAUAAAAGCAGAUGACAGCUUCGAGGAUGUAAUAGUCAAGCCGCCAGUCAGAAAGAUUGUGCACGAAAAGGAGAUUCAGGCAGAAGACGACCAAGUGUUUCUGGUAAAACUGCAGUCGUUGCUGGCCAAACAGCCCGCUGUGACAGCAGGGCGACCAGUGGACACCACAAGCAGGGCACCCACAGGCUCUCCGAGGACGAGUAAUCGCUCUGCAGCGGCCAACGUAGCAAAUGCUAUGCCACAAUCCGGUAUGUCAGGUCAGACCAGUGAGGGUGUGCUGGCCAAUUUCUUCAACAGUCUACUGACAAAGAAAGCGGGGACAGCGGGGCCUGGCACACCAGGUGGUGGUAACAAUACACCAGGAACUGUACGGAAGUCAGGUUCAAAGCUGGGCCUGAGCGACGUCCAGGCUGAGCUGGACCGCAUAGCCAGCCGAGAGACUGACUCUGACUUGUCCAAUGCCAACGAGACCCCUGCCACCGAUGGCCAGGACACAUGAAGACCAGCACCCUGCUCUCCUUCUCUCCAUCCCCUGCACCUCACCGUCCACCUCCCUUCUUCCCUCCACUCUCACCUUCCACCUCAUCAUAAAGAUGCAGGGAAAAGGCAGGGGUGGACAUACAGUUUCCCCCCCCCCUCCCCAUUCUCCUUCACUUUCUCCUAAAGGAGAUGAACUUGCCCUUUCUUUCCCUAAGCCUUUACCCACACUUCCUAUUUUCUUCCCAGCUGUUACACCAAGGACAAGUAUUUGUCUCUUUUACAUACAAGAAGGUCUGUUACAUGAGAAGCAUGUGGUUAGUGGAGGGGGGGGGGUGCAAUGGGGUGUGUAAAGGUUGGGAUGAGAGGUUGUUUGAGAAAGAUGAAUGGCAAGAAAGAAAGCAAUGGUGUUUUAUCCAUCCAUUGAUUGUGAUGGUACAGUUGGUGUUUUUACUGUAGGAAACGCUGAGGGUGCGUGUUGAUGAAACUGCACUUAGGUAAAAUAGGGAUGACUGUGUGCGUUCAUGUGUUUAAUGUAUGUGGGGCAAGUCAAGUCACACUUGGCCAGAUGACGUUUAGAACAAGAAAAAGAAAAAUGCCUGACAUAAAAACUGUAAGAGGCUUUUUAAGAUGAAGGGGGAAAACAUACUAGUUUUGUGUGUGUGUGUGUGUGUGUGUGCGCGCGAGUGUGAAAGUGAGGCAUAUAGAACCGUUUUGUUGAGAGAUUCUUGGCUGUUUGCAUUUCAACCAAAUUAUAAAAAACAUUACCAUGCUCUUAUAUGAGAAACUCAUUAUAAACUCUUCAAACAGUACAAACUCUAAUUAGAGCAGCAAAGUCUGCAUCACUGCACAAACCAAACAUCAGACUUGACACUUAAGCUCUUCUGUCGUGGUACCCUACAAUUGGCCAAACUGCCGCUCGAGGUACAGUUCAGACUUGUAGGUAACAGACUACACUGAAAAGGGAAGGUUUUACGGGGUGGGUGGGUAGCUGAGCUUUAUUUGUACAGAAAGAAACACUAGCGAUUAAGUUUCAUAGUUACUGCUGA